AUGUCGACGGACUCCAGUUGCGGCAGCUCCGACACUGGAGCCUUGGUGCGUCCUAUACUUGUAAGCGAUGAGUCCCGGAGCCUGCUUCGAGAAGCUGUAGACAGCUCUUGCCUGGAGCUUGAACGUCGGCACGGCUAUGUGCGACCACGUCGGUUUUUGCCUGGUGGACAGAAGUGUAUUCUCAAAGACUUGGGUGAAUGUGGCGAUCGAAAGUGUGGAAACUAUCGCUUGGGCAAAUAUGCAGCCGUUCGACCCGACUUCUUGAAGUUCUGCGUAGACCAUAUCAAAGCUUUUUGCUCAAAAGCUGGUCUGGUUUAUUGCUCGCUGGGAAGUGGGCAGCUCCUAUUUGAUUGGGAACUGCUUGAGCACCUUACCCAGAAGGAGGGCAUGCACGUGCGUGCCAUCCACUUGAUUGACAUCGCCUAUGGUGGUGCAAAGCAUCGCGCAAGCGCCGUGCGGGCACAGCGAGUCUUUGCAGGAUGGUUCCAGGAGAGGGCCUGGGAGAAGGGGGAGAAGGGGCAGAAGGGCCGGGGAUGUGGGGAGGCGUGUCCUGUUCGCAGUUUUCUGUCAGCCAGCGACUUCCAAAGUUGGGUAGCUCGAACUGGUGAGUCUGUGGAUGUCCUCCUUGAUUGCGAUGCCGUCAGUGCAAGAAAGAAAAUGGACGUGGACAAGUUUCGUCUUUCAGUUCUGCGGGCGGGCGGUGUGUGCCUGGUGCUGUCGAACCCUGCGAAGCGUAUUGCAAUUCACAAGCCCCCUGGCAAUGGUACAGCGGAUACAGUGGGGCUGCGUGAGUUGGUGCAACAAGUGUAUCGGCGUGGAGCUUGGCACUCGCGAGCUUCUCAGAAGGCAGAAACGACGCUGCAGCUCCACAGAGGAAGAGGAAAGCCAACUCCCGAGGAGACGGAAGCAACGCAGAAGAAGGAUGUUCACGGCUAUGAAAGGCUGGAGCAAAGUGCAGUGGAGCUCCCAGCAUGGUACCAAUGCAAGGCGGCUGCAAAGAUGCCCGCUCGUCCGAGCCAGCUGCCACCCUUGCCGCCCAGCGAAACAUUUGAUGAGGAUGAUGAUGAUGACUGA